AUGAUUGGUCAGACGGGAAGCACAGGUGAAAGAGGUGAUACAGGUACAACAGGCAACACUGGCAGUUCCGGAGCAACUGGGUCAACUGGGCCACAAGGUUCCCAAGGAUUUCAAGGAGCUUCAGGCUCUACCGGUGGAACCGGCUCAACGGGUCCGGCUGGGUUUACCGGUAAUCCAGGUAAUCCGGGUUUAACUGGGAUUCCGGGUCAACCUGGUUCUACUGGAAUGAAAGGACCUCAAGGAGAUCAAGGUUUACCAGGUUGGACCGGUCAGAGUGGAUCACCUGGAUCUUUAGGAGCCCAAGGAUUUACAGGGGCGACAGGUGCCACUGGAGCAUUUGGUUUACCGGGACCACUUGGUUUUACUGGACCAUCUGGUCAAAAAGGUACUCCAGGAACUGUGGGAGCUUCUGGUGGCGUUGGACCUCAGGGGGCUACUGGACCACAAGGUUUACCUGGGUUUCCAGGUCCAAAUGCUGGUCCUGGACAAAUGGGUCAACCUGGACCGCAAGGAGAUACCGGGACUCCUGGAAAUACUGGUCAACCUGGCUCACGAGGCCAGCCUGGUAACCCUGGAUUAACUGGCCAACCUGGGCAAUUUGGAUUUCCUGGUGCUACAGGGGUCACAGGUGAUAGGGGUGCAGUUGGAGCUACAGGAGCUUCUGGUGCCACUGGCGGAUCCGGAAGUCCAGGGGGUGUUGGUCAAACAGGUUCAACAGGAGGAACUGGUUUUAGCGGUCCGAUGGGAAACCCAGGUAUUUUCUAA